GAAUGCUCAACCUAGCCGUCAUCCCUCCUUCUCCUCCUCCUUCUCCUUCUUUCUCUCUUCUCCCCUUGCGCCGCCAGUGAGCAGCUGGGCCGCCACCAGCCGCUGCACGGCCCCACAGAAACACCAGCAGCAGCAGCCUCCCUUCCCUCCUUCUCCUUUCUCUCCCUUCUCCCUCUGGUAGCCUCCCACAACCGCCACAAGCAGCACCACGCCUUCCUCCUCACUCCCGCGCGCUGCCUCAGCAGCAGGCGGCUGCAGUUGCGCAUCACAGCUGCAGUAGGCUGCGGGUUUGCUUCCCCACCGGCUCCGCUCAGCCCUCCUCCACCACCAACACCUUGAGUCACGCCACCACCACAAGAACCACCAACCUCUUGACCUAUUUUCUAGUUUCACCCAUUGUGCCCACCUCAUAAGAGAAAAGUAGAACCUUAGUCGGGUGAUUUUUGUAACUUGUGGUUGUGCAAUGACGCUUGCAGGUACGUACGCGCAAUAAUUAAUUAUCAUAUUCAUCGUUUCAAAGUAUUAUCCAUAUUUCAUGAUUAUAUGCAUCGUAUUAGAAUUAUAGAUUGCCAGAAAGUGGGCCAUGCUAGCGAAUAGUCAUAAUAGUGAUAUAGGCAAGUAGAAUGAAAGCAUGAGGAGACUAUGAGAACAGAUUUCUAAAUAGUAGAGAACACACCAUGGUUGUGUGUGGUAUGAAGUGAUUUCCAACUUAUUGAGCCCUGAUUUAUGAUUAGUUGGCGUGACUCAACUGGAUUAUGUCCGGUUGAUUUAGUAGUCCCCUAGGUGAGGUCCGACGGGACCACCAUAAAGGGGGUAUGAGCAUGCUUGGGUCAUUGGGCGUCGGGUGGUCGAUACCGCCCCUUGACCAAGGUGUUACCAUGCGGGCCUUGCAAACCCCAAUAUGGUGGCCUCUUCACUGGUGAGUAUCUCAGUGUGUUAGUUUUUCCUGAAGGUAGGACCCGAGAGGGUCAGCUGGAGGGGGCAUAAGCUCAUACUUUACCAUGGGCGCCGGGUGGCCGAUAACGCCCUUGGCCGUGUCUCUAUGCCAUGAAUAGAGAAAAGACCCACUACCCUCGAAUAUACUUCGAGAGAUUAGUACUUUGAAAGAGAAAUUAUGAGUAAAUGAAGGUGUUUAGACAGAUGAGUAGACUCGCUAUUGCCAUACUAUAUCGUUGUCUAUAGUUUUGUUCAAUGACUUAAUUGUUAUAAGUUCAUUAAAUUACGGACGUGUAUGUGUUUGUUGUUGUUUGUUCAUGACUCUCUAUGAUAUUUCUGCUAUGAAACAUCUGACUAUGGUCAUUAUGUUGAGCAGCAGGAGGAUCAUAGCUUGACGUGAUAGGUAUAGGAGCUUCUUUUGCUUUGCAUUGGGAGAAAGAUCUGAGUACGGUCGUAACAAUUGUGUUCAAGUUGCCUAAUGCUUGUACCUUCUUUAUUACUUGUGAGGUUUUCUUUUGAGAUUGUAUAAUUUCUUUCGUAUGGGGUCAUGUGACUCCUUGUAUGAUCCAUAGUUGCGCUGCGUAGUUUUUGAAUGUAUAGUAGUGAGAAUACUCCUUUAGUAUCCGUCAAAUCGAUGCGUUAGCAAUGGAACCACGAUCCUCGUUAGUGUUGAUGAUUUGAGAAGCCGACGAUGAUUCAUUCCGUCGUGACGUAUUUUUGAAAGGUAUUAAAGGCCUUAGAUUAGUUUAGUUAUGUUAAUCAUUUAUAUGAAAAUUUCCACUCACUCACCUUUUUAAUUAAUCUUUAGCGUUUAUUCUAAUCAUUGUCCCUUUUCUUUUAUGUAACACUCGAAUUUCCUCCCUUCCUUCACGAUUUUUGGUUUUGUCUUAGGGGUUGGAAAUUCAGGGGUGUUACAGUUUAAUUUUUUUUUCGAUUUUGUGUUUUUUUUUUUUUGAAAUUUAGGGUUUAUUGAAGUUUUUAAAUAUUUAUUGAAAUGUAGGUCAUAAAUUCUCAAAUCACUUUCUUGUAGGUCAUCAACAACUGAUUAAGCUAAUAAUUAAUUGUUUUAAUUACCUUAUUGUGUUGGUUUUUGAAGUAUGCUUGUUGAUGGUGAUAAUGCACUAUAGUUUAUUUCAUAAUGUACAAUGUACAUAUAUAGAAAUAUAGUUUAUAUGUUAUUGUUAUAUAAUUUAGCUAAUGUAAUUGAUAUGAUUGUUUAAAUUAUAUAUUAAAAGAUUGUUUAUAAGAGAUUGUUUAUGUAAGAAUGUUAAACAAAGAUUGUACGUCGCAGAGAUUUUUUAUAGCUAAUGUAGUUGAUAUCUUUAUAAACAAAGAUUGUUUUUGCAUGAAGUUGAUGAUGAUGUUGAUUCUAUUUGUAGUCAUGUAGAAAUGGCAUCAUUUCGUGUGACUAUAGUAUGUUUUUGGAAUGGUUCGAUUCGAUAAAGUAGUGGCAAUGUUCAUUAUGUUGGGGGUAGAUGUAGAUUGUUUGCUUGCAACUCGAACAUGGAUUUGAAUGAGUUUAAAUAUUUUAUAUGUUCUAAGAUUGAAUUGGACUCCACUAGAAGUACCGUAAAUACAAGUUUUAAAUAUGACAUGAGUGGACAAUUGCUAGCAUUUCCGGUUGAGGAUGACGAGACUAUAGAGGUGUCGUGCCCUUAAGGAAUCAAGCUAUAAAUGUGUCUUUUAAUCCUUCUCCUACGCCUAUGCCUAUGUCAACUCAAGAAUCUCAAAAUCUCUUUGUUCUUUCCCCAUCUUGUACUCCUUCUCAACCCCCUCCGAAUCAAGUUACAACUGAUGAAAUGGUUAACUUGGGAGAAAGUAAUGAAAUGGGACCUUGGGAUGAUGGUAAUGAGAGAAGUGAGCUUGUUGACGAUCCUUUUGAGGAUGAUGUGGAUGUCGUUGAGGAUGCCUGUAACACCCUGCAAUUAUUUGACGUCAACAAAAAAAUUUAAAUUAUUUUGAAAAUGAUUCUGUAAUAUAUUGGUUAUCAAAUAUUUGUAUUAGUUAUUAUAAUAUUUUUUUAUAACAAACAUAUACAGUUUAUUUAAGUGUUUACAACUAUUAAAAUAAAGUUAAGUAUGGCUAGGGUUAAUUUUUUUUAUUGGGUUUUGUAGAUAAAAUACCCAAGAUGAAUAUAGUUAGUAUUUUAAUUUUUUUCUUCCUUGUUUAUUUCCCUCACUAAUAAAAUAAACUAAAGACUCGUAAUUUUCUUUCUCUCAAAAAGUUUAUGAUUUUCUUAUCUUCUUCUUUCUCCCUUCUUUCUUCAUUCUCCUCCCUCACAAAAACCAACAUUCAUGCUGGCCACACCAGCCGCCCACCAGAGCCAACGUCCGAAACCUGCAGCACCACCACGCUGCCGAGCAGCCGGUCGGUCACAACAUUCAUAGAGCUCCUCCACAUGCCUCUUCCUUUUUCUUCCUCCAUUUUUGGGAGCUUCUCCUUUUUGUUAAAUUAGUUAAAGUUUUGUGUAAAUUUAUGAAUCUUAGAUUGAAUUAAGUUAUAUUUUGAUAGAAUUUGUACUGGGUAAGUGUUAGAAGUGUGAUUUGAACAUGAAUAAGUUAGGGUUUGGUUUGGGAUUGAGAAUAAGGAUUAAAAAAUGAUUCAAGAUGUGUUUCAACAGUGUUAAAUUACAUAGACAAUUUUGUUGAUGAUGUUAUUGAAGUUUAGAUUUGGUCUUUAUUGUUGUUAGUGUUGUUGGAUGAAUUUUUAGUAGUUGGAAUUGAGGAUGAACAAAUGGAGACUGCACCAUGUUAUUUAUGAUAUGUAAAUAAAUUGGGGUUUGUAAAGAAUUCAAGCAGAGUUAAAUUUUUGUUUCUAAUUUUGAUUUUUGCUCCAUGUUAUUUAUGAUAAAUAAAUCGAUAAUGUUUUUUGUAAUUUCAAGGUGGGUUUAAUAUGUGCCCGUUCCUUGCAUACAUAAUAUGUAAGUACAAAAGUUAAUCAUGAAGUUGAUUUUUUGCUUGAAUGAUUGCUCUCCAACCAUCUGCACAUAAUUUCAAUUUUGAAGACUUUGAAAUAAUUGAUGAGUUUAAUGUCAAAAUUAAUCAUUUUAGGUCAAAAUUGAAAAAUUUUAUUUUAAUUGAUCUAUUUAAUAUUUACUUUAAGUUGAAAUUAAUGCCUUUAUAAUUAAAAUUGAGCUUUUAUUUUUGAAUUUAUGGAAUUUGGGCCAUUUUAUUUUAUGAUCACUAUCACUAACUAUGAAUAUACUCCUAACCUAAGGUUUGGGCUGUUGGCACUUAUUUUUGGAAUUAAGCUUCAUAGAACCGAACCUUAUAUAUUGAAAUCUUUUGCUUAAAAAGCUUAUCUUCAAAUUUUUUGAUUUUUUUUCGAUUUUUUUUGGUUUUAACAUUUGCAAACCAAAAUCAAACCAAAUUACUUUCGAUUCCAACCUUUUCAAACCAUAUUCAAAUUAAAUUAUAAGAAAAUCAAACUAAAUUUUUAAUUUUGAUUUGGUUUGAUUUGGUUUUCGAUUUUUAUCCAAAUAACUCGGCCCCUACCUUGAACUCUUUGCCCAAACCCUUAUUUUGUUUCUCCAAUUUUAUAUCACUUGUUUUAUUUUUCAUAUAUAUCAAAGGAAAUAAAUUUGAUAUCUGUAGUUAAAAUUGAGUGUUGUUCGAAUGCUAGAGUUGGUUCGUUAGUGUUUAGAGAGAAAGAUGCAAAUGCUAAGAAGAGGUCUGAAAUUUGGUUUCGUUUCAUCGUCAAAGUCUUGCACUUUCCUACGACCUUUUAUCUCUUCUUAUUCUCCUUACUACUUCUAUUCCUCAUCAACCUCAAAUGACUCUUCUGAUCAUUUCGUCGAACAUUUGGUGGACAAUCCUAAUGCACACCUGUCAACAUCCAAACCCACCAUCUCCAUUGAUCGUUCUGGUCUCUACAAUCUUCCUGAGCAUUCUCAUGGACUGAACUCUGAUUCAGAGCUUGUAAAUCACUUAAAAAGCAUUAUCAAGUUUCGUGGAGGCCCUAUCUCAGUUGCUGAGUAUAUGGAGGAAGUUCUUACAAAUCCAAAGGCUGGGUACUAUAUCAAUCGUGAUGUCUUUGGCGCGGAAGGUGACUUUAUUACAUCUCCUGAAGUGAGCCAGAUGUUUGGUGAGAUGAUUGGUGUUUGGGCCAUGUGCGUUUGGGAGCAAAUGGGCCGUCCUAAAAACGUGAACUUAGUUGAGCUUGGCCCAGGACGCGGAACCCUUAUGGUUGAUCUUCUUCGUGGUGCAUCUAAGUUCAAACAAUUUACAGAUUCACUCCAUGUACACUUAGUUGAGUGCAGUCCUACACUAAAGAAGAUCCAACACCGAAACUUGAAGUGUGUGGAUGAAGAUGUCAUGUCAUCGGGAAAAGAGAAGAUAAUUAGUCAAUUAGCUGGAAUUCCUAUAUCAUGGCAUGCCUCUUUUGAGCAGGUUCCUUCAGGAGUGCCAUCUGUCAUAAUAGCGCAUGAGUUUUUUGAUGCUCUACCUAUCCAUCAGUUUCAGAGGGCUUCUCGUGGCUGGUGUGAGAAAAUGGUUGAUGUAGCUGAAGAUUCACAGUUUCGCUUUGUUCUUUCACCUGUGCCAACACCAGCAAAUGUUUUUCUGGCCAAGCGCUGCAAGUGGAUUGUGAAAGAGGAAGUAGACAAGCUUAAUCAUAUUGAGAUUUGUCCAAAGGCUAUGGAGUUGACCGGAGCAAUUUCAAAAAGAAUAAGUUCUGAUGGUGGUGCAGCACUUAUUAUCGACUAUGGUCUGAAUGGCAUAGUAUCUGAUAGUCUUCAGGCAAUUCGUAAACAGAAGUUUGUUCCGAUCCUUGAUGAACCCGGAACUGCUGAUCUCAGUGCCUAUGUUGAUUUUGAAGCAAUCCGACACUCUGCUGAGGAGGCUUCAGAUGUUUCUGUUCAUGGUCCCAUUACCCAGUCUCAAUUUCUGGGUUCUCUUGGAAUAAAUUUCCGAAUAGAAACUCUGCUACAGAACUGUGAAACAGACGAGCAAGCAGAGAUGUUACAGGCAGGAUAUUGGCGUCUGGUAGGUGAAGGUGAAGCUCCUUUCUGGGAAGGCCCUGAAGAAAAGGUGCCUAUAGGUAUGGGUACUCGUUAUUUAGCAAUGGCUAUUGUCAACAAGAAUCUCGGCAUUCCUAUUCCAUUUCAGUGAAACAGGGAUCAGACACACGCAUAGCAUAGCGAUAUUUCUUUCAAGUAGGCUGCAGGCUGCGGGCUGCACCCUUUUAUCUCUUGCGAUGCUGAUUGCUGAUGCAGAUGCAGAUUUAUUAUUAAAUAUUAAUAUAUCUGGCUUCAAUGGUAGUAUUCAGAUUUUUCACCUCAUCAAUAUGACAAGUGUUUGAUUUUCCUGAAUUUCCCAUCGAAAAAAGUAAGUUGAAAGUGAUUUAUUGAA